AUGUAUGUAUCCAUAUUCAUCCGAAAUAUUGAACGCGAGUCUGAUUCGUCCGUCCCUUGUAUCAUAUAUAGUAUCAACGCCGUGAAUGCGGAGAGUCUGAGCCGGCACAGUAUCACAGCGGUAUUGACUGUAGGAAGAAACAUCCUCGAUGACAAAAGUUUCUUAUCGGAGAAGAAUAUUGCGCAUAUGGUAAUCGCCAUAGACGAUGAAGAAGACGUGGACUUCAUGGCUGAACUUGAAGAUGUCCUGAGCUUCAUAGACACUCAGCUGGCCACAGACAAUGGGCGUGUGCUCGUACACUGUCACGCCGGCGUUUCGAGAUCUGCGGCCAUCACAUGUGCCUAUCUUAUGCGUAAAGAAUCGCUGAGUGUCGAGGACGCACUCGAGAAGAUCAGGCAGAACCACCCCACAGCAUGUCCCAACGACGGGUUCUUGAGACAGCUGUCCCUAUUCGAACGCAUGUCGUGGAAGAUAGACAGUGACAACGCCUACUACUGCUACUACCUGUCACAGCUCAUGGCUCAGCGAAGGUUAGAGGGGUACAAUGUCACAGAGCAAGAACUGAGUGCCACAGAGAAAGCGAAGAGUGUCGGAGAUACGACGUACCGAUGCCGGUCAUGUCGCAAAGAGUUGUUCGCACAGAAGCAGGCCAUACCCCACGAAACGGGCAAGGGUCAAGAGGCCUUUACUUGGUACAAGCGCAAUGAUCGAUACGAUAAAAAUGCGCCGCCCACAGACAUGUGCUCAUCGCACUUCCUAGUGCCCAUUAAGUGGAUGGCCCAGGCGAUAGUUGGCGAUGGGGUUUACGACGGGAAACUGUCAUGUGACAACUGUAGUGCGAAGAUCGGCAGCUUCAACUGGUCAGGUGCACAGUGCUCGUGUGGCGCUUGGGUGUCUCCUGCCUUCCAGGUGAACAAAGCAAAGGUGGAUGGUAUCAUCAAGAUGUAGCUGGAAAUGGUUUCACAUAGAGAUGGUGUCGGGAGAUGCAAGCAAUGGCUACAUUAUGAUCGAGUCCAAGUUAUAGUUGGCUGAGGAGAAAGAAAUGUAGAGAUGAAGUAUUAUGAACCUUGCAAAAUAUUAGUGGUCUUAACAGACUAUCAAAAACUGUACAGGAUAAGCAUCGAGAUAGUCCAAGGGAAAUUAUACGGACGUCGAUGAUGGAUCAAUGCAGAUGACGAUAAAACAGACUAACGAGC